AUGGAUACUGGCAUCAUUGGGCCUGUCACGGUUAUGAAGAGCUUCGUUUCACAAAUCGGCAGCCAUUCAUCAACAGUUCAUGGCUUGGUCGUCUCUUCCAUCCUCAUUCCAGCCGCAUUUUCUUCUUUCUUCGCGGGAAAUCUAGCAGACAAACUGGGGAGGCCAAAGGGCAUCAGCAUUGGUGCCCUGAUCUUUGUGAUUGGAGCAACUUUGGAGGCGGCUGCUGUGCAUAUCGGGAUGUUUGUUGUGGGACGUUGCAUUGAGGGUGUAGGUGAGGGAUUAUAUCUUGGAACCCUGGUCGUCUACAUUUGCGAAAUCUCUCCGCCGAGGGUUAGAGGAGCAUUGACGACCGGGCCCUAG